AUGACUGGGAAUAUGGCUACUAUCAAGUCUGAGGAUCUUUCUGCCGGGCCUACCAACUGCGUAGAUCCCCUGGACAUAGAACAGUACCUCAAUCCUGAAACCAUCUCAUUCUCAACGCCCUCCGUCUCCCCGACCCCUUCGUCGAUAAAAUCUUCUAUUGAGACUACUGCGACGGUCCCACCACAGCCUUUCAUGCCACCACCGGCCGAACAGGUGUUCUCUGGUCCGAGCCAUCAAUACGAGCAGUACCGACAACAGUCGAGUCUGCCUGUUGGUGCCGUUGCCAGUACCUUUGCUCUGAAUGAGUCGAGCAACUUCUACGAUCAGGAUCCAUAUGACAUGAUCCCGCCUCAUGAGAUCUAUUAUGGCAUGAAUAGCAUGGACGACUACAUCGAUUUUGGCUCGAACUCAGGAAGAGGAGUGGAUAUGGACAUGGAUUUCAACACACCACCAUCAAAUCUAUCCCAGAUCAAUGAUGUCAGCCCAACCGCUGUUGGGGAUCAUACCUCACCUCAGUCUUCAUCUUCCCAACACGUGCGCGCGUGGCCCGGGAUGCAUCAGCAAGCCGCUCAACAAGCGAAAGCCCAAGCCGAGGCUCAGCAACAACGAGAAGAGCAGUCUAAGCAACAAAGCGUGUCGAACUCUCGUGCUUCUAGCUCCUCUCGCCAGAGCGGCCCUGAUCCUCACGUUGAGGAGAGCAUCUCACGCCUUCUCAACCGAAUGAGACAUAGCAGUGUCUCUUCUUCGCAAGCUGAUGACCAGCUCGGAAGCAACGGGGAUGGACGUACCGGGCGCACGAAGAAGGAUGAAGAAGACAUGGACGAGGACGAGAGAUUGCUGGCAAGUGAGGAAGGAAAAAAGCUCAGCAGCAAGGAGCGCCGACAAUUGCGAAACAAGGUUUCUGCUCGAGCUUUUCGAUCGCGAAGGAAAGAGUACAUCGGCCAACUGGAAGAGGAACUGGCUUCAAAGGUCGCCGACGCGGACAGAUUUCGGAUCAAGAACGAGCAGUUGGUGGCUGAAAAUACUCGACUCACGGACCUCACUCGCAUGCUGCUCUCAUCUCCUCACUUUUCAAACUUCCUAGAAGAGCUCAGCGCCACUGGCGGGGCUAUGCCUAGUUUGAGCCAGAGCAUCAGCCAGCGCGAAUCUCAACAGCGACCACAAUCGCAACCGGGACAGCAAAUGCCAAAGGAUGCUAAUCCAAAUUCACACCAACAUAGCAGUAUGCACGUCGGUCUGGCUAUGAUUCCAGAGGAGCCAUAUGAAUCAACCAACCCGCCUAGCAAUGCGUGGGGACCCAGGACAACGGGAGGGUAUGACCAACAGGUCUACGCUGUCACCUCACUUCCCGAAGAGCCUCUCAUUAGCACCAGCGCGCUUAGCGGCAAGUCAAUUAUCGAGCCUCUCUCAACUUUCGGCAGCGCCAAAGAUGAGCUACCCGAGAUCGAAGCAAUUCCUGGAAACAAGUUGGUUCAAUUCACUUCAGCCCCACAAUCCAAUGUGACCCACGAGGGUGCUGCAGAAGUUCCCGAGGAUGACGGGACACCCGACAUUGACGAGUCUGAUCCGGUCCUCUCGCUAUACGCAGAUCACCCUACGCCCUCAGCUCCUCUGCCUAUCCCUCAAGAAGAUCUUGCGCCCGAAGACAGAAUAUUCGGGAAUUUGCCACUGGAGAAGGGCUUUAGUCGUCUUGAGCUGCUGGUCGGAGAAGAGGAAUCCGAAGAAGUACGGAAUACUGUUACCAUGAUAAGGUUCGCAAGAUUACGAGCGGUGAUGACUACUCUGGGGGCAAGAGUAGAUGCACUGACGGGACACCUUUGA